AUGGUAUCUCCCAGUUUAUCCCAGUCUAACCCAGUUUCCCCCGCAGGUUCCGGUUUCAGCCCCCGCGGAGGGGGCGGGGCCAGAGGAGGGGGCGUGGCCCGCGGAGGGGGCGGGGCCCGCGGCGGCCCCAGGGGGCGUGGCCGAGGCCGAGGGGGCGGGGCCAGGGGCGGGGCCCGCGGCGGCUUCAAAGGCGGGAAAAAAGUGACGGUGGAGCCGCAUCGGCACGAGGGUGUGUUCAUCUGCCGCGGGCGCGAGGACGCUCUGGUGACGCGGAACCUGGUGCCGGGGGAGUCGGUGUACGGCGAGAAACGCAUCAGCGUCGAGGUACUGCCAAAACUGGGUUAUACUGGGAUGGGUAAAAAUUCAUGGGAUACACCUGAGAUACACCUGGGGACAGGUAACACACAGUGUCACAUGGGGGCAGCAUCGGGGACAACGGUCAGCCACGUGUCCGACAUCGUGGGACAGGAGGGCGUGGUCUACGCCGUGGAGUUCUCGCACCGCUCGGGCCGGGACCUGCUCAACGUGGCCAAACGGAGAACGAACGUGGUGCCGUUUCUGAUAACGCCCCUCCCCCCAGGCAUGGUGGACGUGAUUUUUGCUGACGUUGCACAACCGGACCAGACCCGGAUCGUGGCCCUGAACGCGCAUCACUUCCUGCGCUGCGGGGGGCACUUCCUCAUCUCCAUCAAGGCGAACUGCAUCGACUCGACGGCGCCGGCCGAGGCGGUGUUCGCGGGGGAGGUGAGGAAGAUGACGGCCGAGAGGAUGAAGCCGCAGGAGCAGCUGACGCUGGAGCCCUACGAGAGGGACCACGCCGUGGUGGUCGGCGUCUACCGGCCGCCCCCGAAGGAGAAAUGACGUCAUCGCUCCUCCGCCCCGCCAGGGGGCGCCAUCGGCGGGGGCGUGGCCUAACCCGGAAAUGGACACCUCCAACCCGGAAGUGGGCGUGGUUUAACCCGAAAUGGGCGUGGUUUUUACCGAAAUGGGCAUGGCUUGACCCAAAAUGGGCGUGGUCUGAGUUGGCCACGCCCCCGGCGCGGUUUUUGUGGGGUGGGGGCGGGGCCUGAGGGGAUUUUUUUGGUAAAUAAAGGAAAAAAAUCGUUAAUUGGAGCCGUUAAUU